AUGUCUACCGUCCACGAAACCGUCUGUUCUACUCUUAACAGUAUUCUAACCUCCGAUUCCAACAUUGGCGCACCAUUGUCCUCUGCAUUAAUGGCACUCGGUAGCGCUAUAGACCACGUCCAAAAGGACGUGGAGCAAGUUAGGCGCAUGUCGCGCACUAACUGGCUGUUAAUUAUCAACAUGCCUUUGCCAAUGGGUAUGUCGAAAAGUAGUGCGCUUCAGCAAGUUAUGUCUGCUUUGGAGUACAACAAACCAUUAUUUGAUUCUGACCGUGACUUACUGGCUAGCGAGAUCACCUACGUUAACCGUGCUGGCCUACUCUGUAACAUGGCCGUAAGUUAUUGA